AUGUCCUCGCCCUCGAAUUCCUCCGCCGCCGGCAAGCGGAAGCGCAACAACGCCAACAUGCCCGGCUCAAGCGACAUGGUCGACUCUGGUCUCCAGGCCCCGUCACGCGAUGCCUCGGGCGAAGAGGGCGACAGCACCGCUCCCGAAUCGACCUCUCUCGGCAACCGAAAGACAGACUCAAACUCUGCUGCCGCCCACCCGUCUAAGAGGCAACGCGCCAAUUCGGAUCGUGCUCAAGAGUACGCCGACCACGUCGUCGACCCUGGUGAGCCCAGCGACACCACCGAGGCCAGCGUCGACAUUGCCGAGCGCGUCGGUCGCACCAAGGUUCGCAAGCCUACCUUCAAGGAUGGCUUCCCCACCAGGGAGGCCGAGGGCAUGGCGCCUCCGCCUUCUGGCAUUGUGCACCCCGUCGGCUUCAGGACCAACGACCCGCCCGUCGGGCGACCCGUGAGGGUGUACGCCGACGGCGUCUUCGAUUUGUUCCAUCUUGGCCACAUGCGACAGCUCGAGCAGGCCAAAAAGACCUUCCCCAACACAUACCUCCUCGUCGGUGUCACUGGCGAUGUCGAGACCCACAAGCGCAAGGGCCUGACCGUUCUCUCCGGCAACGAGCGUGCCGAGACGCUGAGGCACUGCAAGUGGGUGGACGAGGUCAUUGACAACUGCCCCUGGAUCGUGACGACGGAGUUCCUUGAGAAGCACCAGAUUGAUUACGUUGCGCACGACGAUCUUCCCUACGGCGCCGACGAGGGCGACGACAUUUACAAGCCCAUCAAGGAGCAGGGCAAGUUCCUUGUAACCCAGCGCACUGAAGGCGUCAGCACCACGGGCAUCAUCACCAAGAUCGUCCGCGAUUACGAAAAGUACAUUGCCCGCCAAUUCAAGCGCGGCGCCUCACGCCAGGAGCUCAACGUGAGCUGGCUCAAGAAGAACGAGCUCGAUCUCAAGCGCCAUGUCCAGGAUCUGCGCGAUAACAUCCGCACCAACUGGUCGACGACCGGCCAGGAGCUCAGCCGCGAGCUGCGUCAGUACUGGCCUGCCUCGCGUCCGCAGAGCCCCGCACCGUCGGUGCGCAACUCUCUCGCCCCGAACGGUUUCUACGGCCCGAACGACGGCAUCCUGACUCCCGGCUCGGCUGCCAACGCGGCAAAGUCACGUCUCAGCAUCGACGUUCCGCCGACAACGCCAGGAGGCACGCCGGUUGGCGACCAGUUCAUCAGAGGUUACACACUGGGACUCAUCGGCGGUGUUCGUUCUUGGAUGACCAACCGCCGCAGAGGCGACCAAGACAGCCCCAGCCACCGCAACAGCGACGACGAGUCCGAAGACAGCGACUCUAAGAGCCCUCGCGGGCGGUUCGUCGUCCCCCAGACGUCGACAACAUCAGCAACCCCACCAGCCGUUUCCGUGUCGACCCCCCAACAAUAA